CUCGCAGCCAGCCGGGGGGCGGUCCCGGCCCUUCGACGGUCUUGCAUAAGAGCUUCCCGGACGGCCUCGCCCAGCUGGCUCUUGUGCUGCUGCUGCUGCUGCUGCUGCGACUGCUGCGUCCCAGGUUCGACUCCCUGCUGCGACUCCCUCGAGAUCUGCCCAGUGAGAUCUGGGUUUGGCCUGUGGGAUCCAACGUGAGGGUGCUUCGCUGAUCUGGUCCCGUUUUCUGUUUCGUUUUCAGGAAGAUGUCUGACGGAUUUUCGCUGUCAGAUGCCUUGGGUGGGUCCAACAACCCGAACCCAAAUGCACCACCUAACCCUUGGGGAAAUCAGCCUGGAGCUCAGCCUGGGGCACCCCCCGGUGCAUACCCUGGCGCGUACCCCGGACAACCCGGCGCGUACCCCGGACAACCCGGCGCGUAUCCCGGACAACCCGGUGCGUACCCCGGACAACCCGGUGCGUACCCCGGAGCACCUGGCGCGUACCCCGGAGCACCUGGUGCAUACCCUGGAGCACCCGGCGGGUACCCUGGAGCACCCGGCGCAUAUCCUGGAGCAUCCGGAUGGCCAGCAUUUCCAGCAUCCGGUGGAGGGGCACCCCAACCACGCUCAUCUGACAACACUUCAGGGACCUUUCCCUCUGACACACCAGGAAUGUUUCCUGCUCCCGGGCAACCCUCGAGUGGUGGCGGUGGAGUGCAACCAAACGCUCCCUUGAAAGUCCCCUACGAGUAUCCUCUGCAAACGGGGCUCGUGCCUCGCUUGCUAAUGACUAUUAGCGGGAUCCCGAAUAAAAAUCCGAACAGGUUCCAGGUGGACUUGAAGAAAGGCCCCGACAUCGCUUUCCACUUUAACCCCCGCUUCAACGAGAACAACAGGAAAGUCAUCGUGUGCAACUCCAUGCUUCAGAACAACUGGGGGAAGGAAGAGCGGAACGCACCCUUGUUUCCUUUCGAGGCCGGGAAACCUUUCAAGAUCCAGAUCUUGUGUGAAGCCGACCAUUUGAAGGUUGCUGUCAACGAUGCCCACCUGUUGCAGUACAAGCACCGCAUCAGAGAGCUGAACCAAAUUACCAAGCUGUGCAUUGCUGGUGACAUCAGCUUGACCGGCGUCACCACUAACAUGAUUUAACUUCCGGCAUCCUACAGUUCUGUGCUCGGGCCUGUGCAUUAAAGCAGCGCCCUCUGCGAAAUCUCCCUGCCCCGUUAAGUUUGUACACAAAAAUCAUAAAUACACAUUGUUUUAUGCUACAA